GACUGGCAUGCGACAAGCGACUGCGAGGAUCCCGACGUGUCCAAGAACACGACUUUGGCCAAGCCAACGACAAGAGCACAAAAACUUUUUUAAGCCUUGGCAAAUAGGUCCAUUAGAUUGCAGUUGUUCGACCAGUUUUAUACGGGUGCACGAGGAUUAAUCCCCUAACACAUCGUGGCUGUCAACGGUUUGGCAUGCUGGAGCGCUAAAGCGGACAGAAUUGAACUCCUGCUUUCGCACAGAGGAUUCAAUGAAAAUGUCUGUCUGUGUCCACGAGAACCGCAAGUCACGGGCCAGCACAGGCUCCAUGAACAUGUACCUUUUCCACAAGUCCUCCUAUGCCGACAGCGUCCUGAUGCACCUGAAUGCUCUGCGGCAGCAGAGGCUCUUCACCGACGUUUUACUCCACGCGGGGAGUCGUUCCUUUCCCUGCCAUCGGGCCGUGCUGGCUGCCUGCAGCCGGUACUUUGAGGCCAUGUUCAGUGGUGGGCUGAGAGAGAGUCAGGCUAAGGAGGUGGACUUCAGAGACUCAAUACACCCAGAGGUGUUAGAACUUCUUUUGGAUUAUGCUUACUCGUCUCGUGUGGUAAUCAACGAGGAGAACGCUGAGUCUCUGCUGGAGGCUGGAGACAUGCUGGAAUUCCAGGACAUCCGUGAUGCCUGUGCUGAGUUCCUGGAGAAGAACCUUCACCCGUCAAACUGCCUGGGCAUGCUCCUCCUGUCUGAUGCUCACCAGUGCACCCAGCUGUCCCAGCUCUCCUGGAGUAUGUGCCUCAGUAACUUCCCAGCCAUCUGCAAGACAGAGGAGUUCCUGCAGCUGCCCAAGGACAUGGUGGUGCAGCUGCUCGCACAUGAGGAGUUGGAGACGGAGGAUGAGCGGUUGGUCUAUGAGUCAGCACUCAACUGGGUGAACUAUGACCUUGAGCGACGACAUUGCCACUUGCCCGAGCUGCUGUGCACCGUACGACUUGCCCUCCUGCCUGCCAUCUUCCUCAUGGAGAAUGUCUCCACAGAGGAGCUCAUCAACGCACAGGCCAAGAGCAAGGAACUGGUGGAUGAGGCCAUCCGCUGCAAGCUUCGUAUUCUGCAGAACGACGGCGUGGUCAAUAGUCCUUGUGCCAGGCCUCGCAAGACUAGCCAUGCCCUAUUCCUGCUAGGUGGCCCUACAUUUAUGUGUGACAAGCUCUACUUGGUGGACCAGAAGGCCAAGGAAAUCAUCCCAAAGGCAGACAUUCCCAGUCCACGGAAGGAGUUCAGUGCCUGUGCUAUUGGCUGCAAAGUCUAUGUGACAGGUGGCCGGGGCUCAGAGAAUGGUGUGUCCAAGGACGUUUGGGUAUAUGAUACCUUGCAUGAAGAGUGGUCCAAAGCAGCUCCCAUGCUGAUAGCUCGAUUUGGUCAUGGCUCAGCUGAACUUCGUCACUGCCUCUAUGUGGUUGGGGGACAUACAGCUGCCACUGGUUGCCUUCCAGCAUCGCCGUCUGUCUCCUUGAAACAGGUGGAGCAGUUUGACCCAGUUGCCAACAAGUGGAGCAUGGUUGCACCUCUACGUGAGGGCGUCAGCAAUGCAGCAGUGGUCAGUGUCAAGCUCAAGUUGUUUGCCUUUGGAGGAACGAGUGUGGCCCAUGACAAGUUGCCCAAGGUGCAGUGCUACGACCCGGUGGAGAAUCACUGGACUGUGCCGGCAUCUUGCCCACAGCCAUGGCGCUACACGGCGGCUGCUGUUUUAGGGAACCAGAUCUUUGUGAUGGGGGGCGACACAGAGUUCUCCGCCUGCUCAGCCUACAAGUUCAGCAGCGAGACUUACCAGUGGACUAAAGUAGGUGAUGUUACGGCUAAGCGCAUGAGCUGCCAAGCAGUUGCCUCGGGCAACAAACUGUACGUUGUCGGCGGUUAUUUUGGAACACAGCGCUGCAAGACGCUAGACUGCUAUGACCCCACAUUGGAUGCCUGGAACAGCAUAACCACUGUACCCUAUUCCCUAAUCCCCACUGCCUUCGUCAGCACCUGGAAGCACCUCCCAGCCUGAUGGCUCCAUGCCUUCACUCCCCAAGACCUUCUUUUUUCCUGUGAGAUUCCCUGUUUUCCCAUUGUUAUUGUCUACUGGAUUCCAACUGUGAAGAUUUUCACCUUCCUGUGCAAUUUCAUCAAAAAAAGUUUUUCUUCUAUUAAAAGCUCUACUUUAACGUUUAACAUGUCAAACAGUGAAGCUUUCUUUUUCCUGCUGCAAGCUAACAAAUAUGUGCUUCAGAGAACCUUCGGCUUUGAAACCUUUACUUUGCAACGGCAACUCAUUUUUGUGGCUCCUCAGAACAUUGUGGCUGCCGCGACAAC